UGUUAUCAUAUCCCGACGUCGUGUAUCAACCCCCCAUCCCCCCCCAGUGCACACUUGUAGCAAGAACACCGCCACGGCCACACACAACGAUUUCGAACCCCGAAAGGUGCACUUGGCUAACGAAGUGACAGAUUCCUGUACUCGUGGAUGCACUGCUCACCGCACCGCUGUCAUUAUGAAGCCUGAUUGUAAAAUCACGCUGGUAUUUAAACCUGUUGGAGACCGCUGCUUCCAGACCAAGUCAGUCUUUUUGUCGAGCAUCUUUACAACAGAGACAAGCCAUCCCUUUAUGCACUGGGAAGUCUGCUGCGAGUUUGACGAUGGUAAAUCCUUCAAAUUCGAAGCGUUGCUAGACAAGGGCCACCUUGUGCCAUGCAUGAGACCGGCUGGAAGAAACACGCUUCUGUGUGACAAGGUAUUUUUUGGAGUCUUCAAACGCAGUUUCGAGGAUAUCUCAAAUGCCUAUCAUGCCUUGAGUGAACUUAAAAAGUAUGAUGUUGUAAAAAACAACUGCCAGACGUGGGUUGUGGCUUUCCUUGAAGAGCUUAGCCUUCCGGUUCCCGAAGAGGUCAGGAGAAUUGCCAAGACGAUUCAGGAGAUCUUCCACUACGGCAAAAGAACAGCAUACCAUUUUGUUGUCCAAGAAGUUGGAAAUGCUUAUAGAUAUUUAAUAAAGCCUCAUGAAGGAAGUGCUCCUGAAGAGAAGGAGGAGGACAAGAACACUGAUGACGACGACAAGAAACAGAAUGAGAGCAGAAUUUCCUAUCUCAGCCAGACUCGGUAUCAAAAAGUCAUAAAAUCACUCUGUUAUGGUUAAAAGGCUAUGGUGAAAAUCAACAAUUAGCACCGCGCAGUUAUGCCUGUGCGUGGAGUAUUGAUAAAAGCUCUCAUGGUAUGACCCCCUCACAAAAAUCUCAGCACUGAAGAGGCAGUAGCUGUCAGACUUAUCCAAACUAAGGCAUUCCCGAACCUACACAGAUACAGCAAAGUGUACCCACAAACAUAUCGCGGCAACUGCCCCUGGUGCGGCCACACACGCCCGACACUCUUCCACAUCUCGUGGGGGUGCGGGGGCAAACCUCAACACCUAAAGACGCGUAGCACGUCAUUUGAGCGGUGGGAGGUACAGCUGACCGGUGAUACCCUGGCGGGCCAAGAAGCGCUCGUCCAGCAAGU